AUGUGGGAUCGGCAUGAACAGCUCAUAGCCGACCUGAUCACCUACAUGAAGGAGAAGAGGAGCAUCAACGCUCACUGUCGAGAGAUGGUGAACUCUAUCAGCACCUCUGCCAAACGGCUCAGGCAGCUAGGUGGGCAAACAGGGCAGACUAGGCCAUUGCCAGUGACGUCGGUACCCUUAUUCUUAGUGAGAACGCGAACGCUUUCUGAAGGCACCGCCACGACGAUGGCUUCUGAGCUUGAAGAUGAGAGUUCGGCUUUCUCUGAUACGACCAAGGCUUCCAGGACGAAACGGAAGUCGCGAGAGUCACCACCGACGGAUACCAGGGACCUCAAGAAGAAGAAAAGGGAAGAGCGGGAGGCCGCUCACGCCCGGAGCAAAAGGGAAAAUCCACCUGCAAAGUCCUCGGACUGGGAGCAGGUCAAAAGUAGAAAAGAGCGGCAGCAACCGAGGCUGCCAGAGAAGCCGCCGAAAAAGAAGGAGAGGCAGAAAAAACAGGGGAAAUCAGCGGCGAGGCCAAACGCACUGAUUUUUCGCCCAAAGGAUAAGCAGCAGUACUCAGAGAUGCUCAAAGUAGUGAAGCAACAGAUACCUUCUGAGCAGGCUCGUGAUCGCGUUGACAAGAUCCGCAGAACGACCACUGGAUAUAUGCCGAUCAUCGUGGCAAAGGACAAAGAGGACCAAGCUGAGGGCUUACGUAAAGCGAUAGCUGAACUCCUAGGAGAUGAUGACCUUGAUGAGCUGACCACGAAGGAGGAGGUGCUCAAGGCCCUGCAACUCGCAGCUGCGGUGGAUUGUCAAAUUCCCCUGGACGUCGUCAGGUCCUUGCGGAAUGCCUUUGGAGGUACCCAGACGGCAUCGGUGACGGCGGCGGCAACAGUCGCGAAGAAUGUCUUGGGCGAACGAGGUAAGAUUCGCAUAGGAUGGGUUAACUGCCGGAUCCGAAGGGUGGAUAGACUGGUCAAGUGCUUCAAGUGCUGGCACUAUGGACACCUCGCCAUCAAGUGCAAGAGUGAAGUGGACCGAGUAAAGCUCUGUACAAAGUGUGGAGAAGCUGGCCUCAAAGCUGCUGCCUGUGAGAAAGAAGCUCGUUGUGCCUUGUGCUCCGAGAAAGACCGAACGAAGAAUUGUGCUCAUAUCGCUGGUAGCAGCAGAUGCCCUAUCUUCAGGGAAGCACUCCAGAGGAUGAACAACAAACGACACCUGGACACCCAACUCUGGGAGACGGAUAAAAGUCGCAAGGCCGCUAUCUGGUCUUGUGGCAAGUUUCCAUUCCAGAGUGUUGCGAAUACUGAGGAGACUGGUUUCGUGGUAACUAAGCUGGAAGGAAUCCACUUUUAUAGCUGGUACUCUCCACCGAGCCUGACGUUUGGCGAGUUCACAGACUUCCUGCACAGACUGACCGAGGACGCGAAGCAGCACUUUCCCGUGGCAAUCGCCGGCGACGUCAAUGCUUGGGCAGUCGACUGGGGAAGUAAAGAGACGAACACGAAGGGGCAAGCUGUACUGGAAGCAAUGUCCUCGCUGGAUGUGGUAUUGCUGAACAGUGGCAAUGAACCGACGUUCGUGAGGGGAGAGAGGAGCUCAAUUGUGGAUCUCACCUACGUGAGCAGCGCCCUCGCAAAAGGAAACUACUCAUGGAAGGUAACCGACAUCUACACUGCUAGUGAUCAUCGCGCGAUACUCUGGGAAGUAUACACCGGUAGGAGAAUCGGACCAGCGCCAAAGAAGACCAAUGCAAUUGACUGGAAAGUGAGCACAUUUGAUCCGAGCUCAUGCCUGGUUGCCUUCGACGACUGUCCAAUCAGUGGCAGAAACGCUAAAGAGAAGACAGAUGAUAUCAUGAGGAGAGUGACUGAAGCCUGCGAUGCUACGAUGCCCAAGAAACAGGCCAGCAAUCGGCGCCCACCAGUUUACUGGUGGAACACAACCAUCACCGUCUUGCGGAAGGAGUGCAACGCAGCGAGGAGAUCGUCCCAACGUGGCCGAAAGAAGUCAAAUAUUGAGGAAUUGGCGAUGCGAUACAAGAAGGCAAGACGAAAGCUAAACAAAGCCAUAAAGUGUAGCAAGAAGCAAUCAUGGAAUGACUCCUUGCAGAAGUGGAAAGCGACACGUAGGGCCGGCCAUACAAGGUCGUGA